GUACAAUUGGUGACACACACAAAUCUCCGUUACACAUCCAAAUCAAGAUACGUUUUUCUAUCAUAUAUUACUAUUACCCUUAAGAUGGCGGAGAAUACGGAACAAUCACCGGAUGACCGGCGGCGGCAGCCCGGCCGGUUGCAGAGGAAAGCGCCGGCGUCGAUCCAGAUUAACCCCACCACGGAUUGGAAUGUGGCAAUACCACUUCUAUCGCCAUUGAUCACAUCGCCUGUUUCGAGCGAUUUGACGGCAUCGGUUGAAUUGUGUUCGAAUUCGAGUCGGGAGUAGGAGACGGUGAAAGAGGCGGAGAAGUUUUCGGCGACGGCGACAGUGGUCAAGGGGUGGAAACAUCCGGCCGCACCGUUUUGCUCCGAUCUGGCUCCGCUAGUGAAGUUGGUCUUUUCUAGAAGCAACGAUCGAUGAUCUCAGAUCUGUAUGCAAAACGGAACAAUCACCCAUUGCAGAGUACACCCAUGGAUUUCAAAAAAAGUAGUGUUUUACAUUGCUUGUGGCAAAGUGGGCAGCGCACACUGAACAUAUCAUAUUUUUUGGUCGCCAGUAAUCGAUCCGCUAUUUGUUUUCAAUCACUGCUCUCACGGUCCAGGUGACUUUGUAUUCCCGUGUAGUAACUCUAGUCUUCUACAGUUCUACCCGGAGCAGCAGCAAUUGGAUCUGAAUCUCCCAUUUCAUCCAUAAGGCCAUAAUACUAAUAAUGAAUAAUAAUAUGGGCCAAAGCAAGCCUGCUUUCUUCAAGGUAUUAAUCGGCGACGACUUCGCUACCCACCUCAGGUUGCCGCCGUAUUUCAUCUAUAAAUUCGGGAAGCUGCUGCCGGAAUGCCCGGUUCUGACGGUCGAAUGCGGCGGCGGGGAGGCCUCGUGGCGCGUGAAGCUGGGCGAAGUUGCGGCGGAGGGGCGGUGCUUCGCCGAUGGGUGGCCGGAAUUCGUGAGGGAUCUGGGUCUGGGACGCCAUGAUUUUCUGGUGUUUUGGUUGGAAUCCCCAUCCAAGUUCCUGGUCGAGGUUUUUAAUGAAGAUGGGACUGCCAAGGAAUUUGAUUGCCUUCAAGGCAAAGUUUCCCCAAGGAAGGAAGAUGCAUGCGAGUUAGAUGUGGUGCCACCAUCGUCAACCGAUGUCAUCAAGGGGAAGACAUUGUCAUUUUCAGCCAAAUUUAAAUGUUCCAACAGAUACAGAGCGCCAAUACCAGCCAACUUCAUGAGAGAGACAGGAAUUAAGAGCAAGUGGGGGAUGGUGAAGGAUACAACCGGAAGGGAAUGGCCGAUGCGGAUCAAUGGCGACAGGAGCAAGGAGUUGGGAAAGGGGUGGAGUGACUUUACAACUCAAAAUCGCCUACUCCCGGGGGACACUUGUACCUUCACCUACAACUACGUCGAGAAUGAGGGAGAUAACACUAGCAGCGGCUGGCUGCUCCGAGUUGCUGUGCAGAGACGAGGAAGUCUAUAGGCCAAAAAAAAGCCAUGGCUAGCAACUGGUUACUCUUAUUAGGGAUUUAACAAUGGGCUGCUUUUCAAAAGUAGCUUCUGGAGUGUGUUUAG